AUGACAGUAUUUUUCCUACCAUCGGCCCUUUCUUCCCUCCAGCGUAUAACCAGAAGCUUCGUUCGACCUGAAAUAGAGUUCGGGGUUUCUCUAUGUCUUCUUGAGAACGUCCUGCCACAUUCGCGCGAGGACUUGCAAUUGAGACUCUGGUGGUUUUCUUUGCCUCCGCUUCCUACGUCAAUGCUAGUAACCGCUCGCCCAUCAUACAGCGCCGCCCCAACUCGCGGACAUUGGCAAGCCAGCCCAGGCGACAAGGCAGAAUAUAACGCCGAUCGACAUGGCAUUAAUGCAACACCAAAAAUACAGUGA